AAAGCCACGCUGGGAAGAAAUUACGCGCCGGUGCGCACUGUUCGUCAGCCAGCCCCAGCCAGAACAACUCCAAACUUUUAACAGCUUAAUAAAUAUAAUUUUAGCAAUUAAGAAACCGAGUGGAGGAAUUCUGGUAAUGUAUCGCAUAAUCCGUCCAAGUUCGCGAACAUAGACUAUAUGGUAGACUGUUUUUUUUUUUUUUUUUUUUUAUAUUUGACAGAAAAGAAAUGGACCCGUAGUUAGAGUGGUAGGAAAACCUUUGUGGGCUCUCGUCCGGUUUGAGAAAUAUAUGUGUGUGUGUGUCAUGUCGGAUGAAAAUAAUUCAGCGGAGCCAGACAUUUGUCCUAAAAGUGAGGAAUGUCCUGCGGAAGAUUCAUUUGGCUUCGGAGAUGAUCUGGAGUUAAAUCAGUUCGAUGGAUUGCCCUUUUCCUCCCGUUACUACAAAUUACUAAAAGAGAGAAAGAGUCUGCCAGUGUGGAAGGUCAGAUGCGACUUUAAAGAUGCUCUGGUAAACAACCAACUGGUUAUUGUGUCUGGGACAGCAAAGACUGGGAGGAGUACACAGAUCCCUCAGUGGUGUGCAGAGUUCUGUCUGUCCGCCCAGUACCAGCACGGCAUGGUUGUGUGCACGCAGACCAACAGACAACAGGCUGUAGAUCUGGCCUUGCGCGUGGCAGAUGAAAUGGACGUCAACAUAGGCCAUGAAGUGGGCUACACCAUCCCUCUGGAGACCUGCUGCUCUUCCGACACUGUUCUGAGGUACUGCACUGACGAUAUGCUGCUGAGAGAAAUGAUGUCAGACCCUUUUCUGGAACACUUCGGGGUCAUUAUCAUCGACCAGGCCCAUGAGAGGACAGUAAGCACAGACAUACUACUGGGUCUCCUAAAGGACAUCCUGCUGCAGAGGCCUGAGCUCAGAGUGGUGGUCCUCGCCAUCCCGCCUGUGACCGACAAGCUGCUGAGCCACCACGGCAGCAUCCCGCUCAUCAGUCUGGAAGCCUCGUCUCCUGCUGAGGCGGUCCACAGCAACUGCGGCAACAAAGACUACUUCUUCUCAGCGCUCAGACUGGUGCUGGAGAUUCAUCGAACCAAAGAGGAUGGAGAUGUGGUUGUGUUUUUUGCCUCAGCUGAGGAGGUUAAUUGUGCCCACAGCAUCCUCCAGAGAGAAGGCACCAGGCUGGGAGCCGAGCUGGGUCAGAUGGUGCCUGUAGUCCUGUGUCCACGCCGAGGAGGGCCACUGCCUGCCCUCACUGACAAACCAGGCUCCAAGAGGUCCAGGAUGGUUUUCCUCUCUACCAAACAGGGGGAGGAUAUUUGGUGGCCCACCAAGUCUGUAAACUUUGUCAUUGACACAGGAGUCCAAAAAAAGAUGGUGUACAAUCCAAGAAUAAGAGCUAACUCGGAAGUACUUCAACCUAUCAGUCAAUGUCAGGCAGACGUACGCAGGCGGCUGUCUGGACCAACAGGUAAAUGUUUCUGCCUAUAUCCAGAAGACAGCCAGCUUCCUUCAGAGAACUCCCCACAGAUCUUGGAGUCCAACAUUACACCAACAGUCCUAUUCCUAAAAAGGAUGGAGAUAGCCGGUCUUGGACAGUGUGAUUUCAUCGACAGACCAGAUCCCGAGGGGCUCAUGCAGGCGUUGGAGGAGCUGGAUUACCUCGCAGCUUUGGAUGAUGAUGGCAACUUGUCUGAGAUUGGCAUCAUAAUGUCUGAAAUCCCACUGGACCCUCAGAUGGCCAAAGCCCUGCUGGCAUCCUGCGAGUUUGACUGUGUGAGUGAGAUGUUAACGAUCGCAGCGAUGCUGUCCGCGUCAAGCUGCUUCCCAGAGCCACCUGCUGGCAUGACCCACGAGGCAGUCCAGUGUCACAGAAAGUUCCAGCACCCUGAAGGCGAUCACUUCACCCUCAUAAACAUCUACAAUGCCUUCAAACAAAGCCAGAGAGAACAGUACUUCACCGCUGAAAAGUGGUGCCAGGACUAUUUCCUGGAUUAUUCCGCCCUGAAGACAGCUGAGGCCAUUAGAUCUGAGUUGACCGACACUCUGAACAGGAUCGAGCUUCCCAUCUCUGAGCCCUCCUUUGGAACCAAGACCAACACCCACAACAUCAAAAGAGCUCUGCUGGCCGGCUUCUUCAUGCAGAUCGCUCGGGACGUAGACGGAUCAGGAAACUACUUCAUUCUGACACACAAGCACAUGGCCCAGGUGCACCCACUCUCCAGCUACGGGGCUCAGUCACAGAAGAUGGGGCUGCCAGAGUGGGUUGUUUUCCACGAGUACACCCUGUCAGACAACAACUGCAUGCGAACUGUCUCUGAAAUUUCCCCUCAAGUGUACAUUCAAAUGGCACCGCUGUACUUCUUCUACAAUCUGCCCCCUAGUGAAAGCAAAGACAUACUGCAAGAAAUGUUGGACCCAGACAGAUCCAGAAAAUGUGAAGACGGGAAACAAAAAGCCAUCACAGUCAGCAGCGACGCCAACAGUGGCUGUGCAGUGUUGCCGCAGACUUAUGACCGAUGUGUGAUUCAAUGAUCUAAAAAUCAAAAAUGCGAACUGUGAUUAUAGAUGUUCACACAUACAUGAGCAAAGGUUGACUCAUGUCAUGACAGCACAUCACAAAAUGUUGUAAAUCAUGAAGAUCUUUAUUAACCAGGUCCAAUACAACAGUUGCAGUUCCCUUCUGCCAGUACAUCUACAGUAUUUUCCUGAGUACUUGUAUCUAAAGUUUUCUUGUUUCUUACCUACAUCCUUCUCUGCUCUCCCCUUCAGCACUCUGUCUGGAAAUGUGAGUAUCCUGAUGGCUUUUUAGAUUUUAAUGAGCAGCAAAGGGGUUGCAGAUGGAUGUUGUCUGUUGCUGUACUUUAAAGGGAGAAGAAAACACCCCAUCACACCUCCUGUGCACAGAACCAGAUUCAAAGAGAUGGUCCAACAAUUUGAUGCAUGUACAAGCUGCUAGAGAAGUACAGAGUACUUCCUUUCCCUUGUUUCUUAUGCAAAGCUGUCCUUUUCAUACCUUUCUCUUCAGGUUAAUGUGAUAUGUAAAGGUCUGGUUUUAAAAUGUAUAAACGAGUUGACAUGCUGCCAGAUUAAGAAAGCAAAUGAUUGUCAAGGACUGCAGAUGUAUAAAGCAUAUUUUCUUUUAUUAAUCGGCAAGAAAUCUACAGAAAUGCUAGAAAAUCCUUGGUAGAAUGGUGCAUUGGCACAAAAAUUCAAGGUACUACGCCGGUUUUCACACAUAAAUUGUAUACUCCAUUUUCCAUUUCAUGUCAGCAAUCGAGAUCAAAUUUGUGAAAAUCCGCUUUCUACCAAGUUAAGUUAAGGGGAAAUGUGGGACGAUCAAGUCAGCACAUUUACGGCAAAUGCACCUUUCUCUCCCUCCAUCUGAUACUGGAUUCCAAGCUCCCACAUAUCGGCUGUUGUCAUUAACACAAUUUAUCAUUUAACUGUCUUGAUUAAUAAUAUUGUUAUAAACAAAAUCAUUUUAUAAAA